CAGCCGUUCACCGUUAUAAAGGGACAUACUGUUAAUCAUGUCUGCAAAGGAAAGACUCAAAGGCAAGAUGACCAAAGACAGCGUUACGUUGCUGCCCUGCUUUUAUUUUGUGGAGCUCCCGAUUCUGGUGUCCUCGGUGGUCAGCUUGUAUUUCUUGGAGUUGACAGACAUUUUUAAACCAGUGCGUUCAGGCUACAGCUGCAAUGACCGCAGUCUCAGCAUGCCUUACAUUGAGCCCACAAAAGAGGUUAUCCCCUUCCUCAUGCUCUUUAGUCUGGCUUUCGCAGGGCCGGCGGCAAUGAUUAUGAUUGGGGAAGGGAUCCUGUACUGCUGUCUGGCCAGAAGAAAUCUCGCCAUCAAAACAGAGGCUAACAUAAAUGCUGCUGGCUGCAAUUUCAACUCUUACAUCCGACGUGCUGUGAGGUUUGUGGGGGUUCAUGUUUUUGGCCUGUGCAUCACAGCACUCAUCACGGAUAUAAUCCAGCUGUCCACAGGAUACUAUGCCCCCUACUUCCUCACUGUUUGCAAGCCCAACUACACCAGCCUAAACAUGUCCUGUGAUGAGAACUCUUUCAUUGUGGAUGACAUCUGCUCUGGGCCUGAUAAAGCGGCCAUCGACGCUGGCAGGAAGUCCUUCCCAUCUCAGCAUGCCACUCUGGCAGCCUUUGCGGCUGUGUACAUCUCCAUGUACUUCAAUGCCACCCUGACUGACUCCUCCAAACUCCUGAAGCCGCUUCUGGUUUUCACAUUCAUCAUCUGUGGCAUUAUCUGUGGCUUGACUCGCAUUAUUCAGUUCAAGAACCAUGCCGUGGAUGUUUACUGUGGCUUUCUCAUCGGAGGGAGCAUAGCCAUCUACCUGGGUCUGUAUGCAGUCAGGAACUUUAAACCUAGUGAAGACAAAUCUUUGAAGACACAUCGGGAGCCGCUAAGACCUCUACCCAACCUGAACACAGAUCCACCACGCUUACUACCACUUAAGAGCCUGAGCAUGCGGGAACGUCCCACCUCGGCACGCUCGGAGAGUAUCCUGCUACGUGGGCCCUCCCGAGAGAGCAGUUCCAUGUCGAGCUUAAAGAGGUCAAGCACAGAGGUGGAGUGCAUUACACCACCCAGCCCACUCUGCCAAGAGAGCUUUGUGACGUUCAGCAACACCCUGCCUCGUGUACACUCAACUGGAGUUGAAGAACCUGUGCCUCGCCGCCACGCUGCCAUUCAUGCCUCCAUGGACUCCACACGUUCCAAGCAGCUGCUCUCACAAUGGAAGACCAAGAACGAGAACCGUAAGAUGUCACUGCAAAUGAUGGAGGCUGAGGCUCGCCAGUCUCCCCAAUGCAACAUGGAGCUCCGCUGCAGCUCUGAACCUUCUGCCAUGGGCUUGGAUGGUGAGCUCCGUGGUGGACCCCCUGGGCAGUACAUGAAGCUUGCCGCUAGCGCUGUCCCACUAGCCAAUCAUAAUAACACUGGUGGCCUGGCAGGUGGAGCCAGGGUAUCCAUUCAAUCACGGCCAGGCUCCUCCCAACUGGUGCAUAUCCCUGAGGAGACACAAGAGAAUAUGAGCUCCUUACCACAGGAGGAAGGUGGGGAGGUGAAUGAUGGUGGGGGAGGGGGCGGGACUGCGCACUCUAAAUGGCUGAAGGUGGCUGAGAAAAGCACAGUCUGCAGGACUAACAGCCAGCCACGGAUCAUGCAGGUCAUUGCUAUGUCCAAGCAGCAGGGUAUGCUGCACGGUAGUCCUAAAAGUGAGGGCAGUACUGUGAGCUGUACUGGCUCCAUCCGCUACAAAGCCCUAAUGGAUCAGGAACUCAGUACAGGCAUUGUAAGAGUGGAGGCCCACCCUGAGAACAAGCCUAUUGUGAAACCACCAUCCACAGAUGGCAGUGGAUCCUGGAGGUGGAAACCACAGGAGCGUGACAGCAUCCGGCAGUCCCUCGAGCUUAACGACCUAAACCGGGACUCUGAGAGCUGCGAGUCAUUAAAAGAUGGCUAUGGCUCCAUAGAUGGCAACCGGAGCCUACCUGACAUGAGCAACCCCCAUCAUCCCCAUUUUCACCAUCACCACCACCAACCGAGUAUCACCACCAUCCGAGUCACACCAGUAGAAGGGGGCAGUGAAGCCACCUCUGAAACUCUCUCUACCACCUCCAGUCGAGACUCCACCCUACGCAGGAAAGGCAAUAUCAUCCUGCUGCCCGACAGAGGGCCUAGUCCAGAGAACACCAGGAACCUGCCUCACUUUUUCAAACCUUCCCCAACACCUCCCCCCAUUUUGACUUACAAAAAGUAAAAAAAAAAAAACUUCUUGCCAACCAUUCCCAAGUGUUGCCUUGUUCUCUGAACUCUGAGGCUUCAUUGGGAGACUGAGUAGAGCCAGUCAUUCUGGAUAUCUCCAUUCCCUGACCACUAGACAAACCUGCUCUCUCCAGAACAUGCUCCAGCGACGAGUGAGCGCCGAUCACAGCACAGACUUUGUGAAAGCUUCACUGCACACAAGACUCACGAGCACGCUCACCCCGCCCCUGCACUGAAGACACCAUGCACUAUUAAGUCUCUUCCUC